AGUCCUCUUGAGGAAGACUGCAGACGUUUCUUGUGUCACUGUUGUUUUGCCGUUUUGCAUAAAGUUUCUGUUUGUUUUUCGCGGCGGAAAGAGGUGCUUUUACGCCACGCCAAGAAUGGCACAACGUCCGCAGAGCGAUUUGGAAAAGAAGAAGUCGAUAUCACUUCGCAAAAUCCCUUUGGUGGGAAAUGUCGCCGGCGUGAAGGAGAGCUUCAACAGGCACUUGCAUUUCACGCUGAUCAAGGACAGAAAUGUUGCCACAAGUCGGGAUUAUUUCACUGCACUCUGCCAUACAGUUCGCGACAGAUUGACAGAAAAAUGGAUUAGGACACAACAAGAUUAUUACGAUAAAGAUCCGAAGCGUGUGUACUAUCUGUCGAUGGAGUACUACAUGGGCAGAUCUUUGGGAAACACAAUGGUGAACCUGGGCAUGGAGGGUGAAUGCGAUGAGGCUGUGUAUCAGCUUGGCUUGGAUCUUGAAGACCUGGAAGCAAAUGAGGAAGAUGCUGGACUUGGAAACGGAGGUCUUGGUCGCCUUGCAGCAUGUUUUCUUGACUCCCUGGCCACACAAGGUUAUGCUGCAUAUGGCUAUGGUAUCAGAUAUGAAUAUGGCAUAUUUACUCAAACUAUCAACGAAAAAGGGGAACAGGUUGAAGUUCCUGACCACUGGUUGGAAUUUGGCAACCAUUGGGAGAAAGCGAGACCAGAAUACCUUCUGCCUGUCCAUUUCUAUGGUCACCUUGAGUCUGAUGAUAAAGGUUAUCAUUAUAAAUGGGUGGAUACUGAGACAGUCUAUGCCAUGCCAUAUGAUGUUCCAAUACCAGGAUACAUGAAUGGAACAGUCAACACCAUGAGAUUGUGGUCUGCAAAGGCACAGAAAGGAUUUGAUCUUAAUUAUUUCCAAGGUGGUGACUACAUUGGUGCAGUUCUAAAUCGUAAUAACGCUGAGAAUAUUUCUAGAGUUCUGUAUCCAAAUGACAAUUUUUUCGUGGGUAAAGAACUUCGUUUGAAGCAGGAAUAUUUUCUUGUUUCGGCCACGCUUCAAGAUAUUAUCAGACGCUACAAAACCUCUCAGUAUGGCUCGAGGGAACUCGUAAGAAAAAACUUUCAAGAUUUCCCAAAAAAGGUCGCCAUCCAGUUAAAUGACACGCAUCCGUCGCUAGCGAUCCCCGAACUGAUGAGGGUAUUCAUGGAUGAAGAGGGACUUUCGUGGGACGAGGCGUGGGAUUUGGUAACGGAGACUUUCGCGUACACGAAUCAUACAGUUCUACCUGAAGCUUUGGAAAGAUGGUCAUGUAAGAUGCUGGACAGUAUAUUACCACGACAUUUAGUUAUUAUAUACGAGAUCAACUCUAGACAUUUGAGGAAAAUUGAGCAAAUGUACCCAGGGGACAUGGAUAGAAUCAGGAGGAUGUCACUGGUUGAAGAAGGACACGAUAAACGGAUCAACAUGGCACAUUUGUGCAUCGUAGCGUGUCAUGCUGUAAAUGGCGUGGCUGCCAUUCACUCAGAAAUCAUUAAGAGUAGCAUAUUUAAAGACUUCUAUGAAGUUUGGCCAGAGAAAUUUCAAAACAAAACAAACGGUGUGACACCUAGAAGAUGGCUGUUAGUUUGUAAUCCUAUUUUGUCCGACCUUAUCUGUGACAAAAUCGGUGAAGAUUGGAUAGUCGACUUGUCACGGUUGAGAGAUUUGAAACGUUUUGCAAGCGAUGUUCGUUUCACGAACGACUUCAUGAAAGCGAAGCAAGAAAACAAAGAUAAACUUGCGCGGUACAUCAAAGACACUUACGGUAUCGAUGUGAACUCAACGUCUAUGUUCGAUUGUCAGUUCAAGCGUAUUCACGAGUACAAACGACAGCUUCUCAACAUCCUAUACGUGAUCGUCCUUUAUAACCGUAUUAAGGCCGAUCCGAAUGCUGAUUUUGUUCCAAGAACUGUUUUGAUUGGAGGAAAGGCUGCCCCGGGCUACACAACUGCAAAAGAAAUUAUAAAACUCAUCAAUUGCGUGGCAAAAGUUGUAAACAGUGAUCCCAUCGUUGGGGAUCGUUUGAAAAUCGUGUUCGUAGAAAACUACAUCGUUUCUUUGGCUGAAAAGAUAAUCCCUGCCGCAGACCUUUCUCAGCAGAUCUCGCUUGCAGGAACGGAGGCGUCUGGAACAGGAAACAUGAAAUUUAUGCUAAACGGCGCCUUGACCAUUGGAACACUGGACGGUGCCAAUGUCGAAAUGUGCGAGGAAGUUGGGGAGGAUAACAUGUUUAUCUUUGGAAUGAAAGUUGAAGAUGUCGACGUACUGGCAAAAGAGGGCUACAAUCCAAGGGAAUACUAUGAGAAGAUCCCCGAGGUUAAAAAAGCAAUUGACCAGAUUUUAGAAGGAUAUUUUUCACCAAAUGAAGAAAAUGUCUUCAACCAUCUGAUCAUCAAGCAUUUGUUAGACCACGACAGGUUUUAUGUGUUAGCUGAUUUUGAGGCAUACGUUAAAGCCCAGGAGAAAGCUAGCGAAUUAUUUAAGAAUCCUGCUAGCUGGCACAAAAAAGCAAUUCUUAACGUGGCAGCCGCUGGCAAGUUUUCAAGCGAUCGCACCAUCAGACAGUAUGCAGAAGAAAUCUGGGACGUGAAGCCGACCAGAGAAAUUUGGUCGCCCGAGAAAUCCAAACAGAAAUCUACAGACAAAUAGUUUUCUGUGCCAAGGUUUUAGGAACCAUUUUAAAAUUUUCACGAGCAAAGAAUAGGAAUUUAUCGUGCUAAAAUCCACGCUCCUAAUCACAAAUUUGCGAUGACGGACAAUCUUUUGGAAAAGAAACAAAAUUUCAGCCAGUUUGUAAAAUAGCCAAUUUACAAUUUAGGGUCACAGCUUUAAAUAUGCUCUGAUGCUCACAAGACAAAAUCUUAUUCUUUGGUCAAAAAACUCUAAUCGUGAUGUAAAAUAAUCGUAUGUUUGUUAUUACUCUAUAUCAAUUUAUAAAAGUCUUGUGUAAUAGUUACCGUUAAAUUAAAGA